CUGUUUAUAGAAAGCCGUCAAGUGGAGGGGUCAAUGCAGAAACACUGGCAAAGCUGCAGGGUUCAAAUCCUGCUUCUGCCCAUGUCCGACUUUGGCUGGGCCACUUAAUCCCUGUGUCUCAGUUUCUCCAUCUGCACAAUAGGGGGAAAGAAUAACCUACCUCAAAGGGUUUACCUAGGAUUUUUUUUUUGAGUUACCCAUAAAUUGCUUAGAAUAGAGGCUAGCCCAUAGUAAAUGGCAAAAGUCAUUGGCAUAUUUUUAUUUACCAUUCUUGGGGCAUCCACCCAUUUUUCAGGUCAGUCUCUGGGUCUGGCUGCUCCAGCUGGUUUGGGGCUUAGGAAUGACUCACAGCUGUUUUUUUGAAUUCCCAGGGUCUCAGAUUUGGGUGUAACCAGGUCCCCGGAGUGGGGGGGCUGACCCCACGGAGUCACACGGCCAGCUGUGUGUGAGGCAAGCCCAGACCCCUAAGCCCCAGCCCAGGUUUUUUCCAUGACCCAGCUCUUCCCUGGCAGUUUCCUGAAAACAAGUCCUGAGAGGCACUGGCUGUCCUCCGUGUUGCCCUGCUGGCCGGCCCCUUGCAGCCAGUGUGAGGGGACGGGAAACAGCUGCUUCAGGACUGGAAGUUCCCCGUCACUCUCCCUCCUUGGGGUGGGUUGGGGGAGGUGUCAGGAACCCAGGCUGGACAGAGUGGUGAGUGGGAGGGUUCUCCCAGCUGUGGAGCAGAAUGAGUCCGGUAGACCAAUGGGUGCUCAGUUGCUGGUGGGUAUUAGGCACGCAGGUGGUCAUCCGGAGUGCAAGAGACCAGAAGGGGUGACUGGGAAGGUUGCCAGGUGGUUAGCACAGAUGGGCAGUAGGUCAGGAAGAGUACAGAUCGGGUCUGGCAGGCACCUGCUGGUGGAGGACUGGGCAGACAAGAGGUCCCCGCCAGAAGAUGAAAGCCCAGCCUGAGGGCAUUUCCCAUAGGCAAUUGACUUUACUGCUUUAUGCCUUCAUAUCCCCCAUCUGGAAAAGGGGGAAGCAUCCUACCUUGCAGGAUUAUACUUGUGGGGGGGGGGUUUACAUUUAGUCAGGCCAGGCAUAGAGUAGGCACUGGAUACAAACUGCUUUCCCUUCCCUCAGGGUUUUUCACGUGAGCUCUUCAAAGCCCCAUCUUUCCUGCCCUAUACCCUCUGAAUCAAAUUUCUGGACUCAAUAUUUGUCCUUGUUAAAUAUCACAUUAUUAGAUGUGGCCCAAUCUCCCCAGUUUCUUAGCGCCUCCAUCACAUCACCUGAAGUGUCUGUAUCCCUUUAGCCCUAAGCAUAGCCACAGCUCCGAGUUUUUUGUUUGUUUGUUUUUGUUUUGUUUUCUUGUUUUUGGCCUCAACACAUGGCACGGCUUGUGGGAUCUUAGUUCCCUGACCAGGGAUUGUACCCGGGCCCUCAGCGGUGAAAGCACCGAAUCCUAACCACUGGACGACCAGGGAAUUCCCUAGCCACAGCUCUGACAACCUGGGUGCUUGUGGUUCCACUACAAUCUCUUACAAGCCAAGGGCAGAGCCCUGUGGCACUCCAGUAGAGACAUCCCAGGAAGACUGGUAUCCAUUGAUUUGCAUCCUUGGUGCACCUGGCCCACAGCUCUCCAUCAUUCCUAAAGGAUCUCACAAGUGACCCUGGUAUAAAUUCAGAUGUACGUGAGCCCUCGAAGGGCUUCCAGCCUUCGCCUUCCUCUUCUGAAUGUUCACACUCCACCCCUUUGAGCAUCAAUUUCUUUCUUUCUUUUUUUUUUUUUGGUACGCGGGCCUCUCACUGUUGUGGCCUCUCCCACUGCGGAGCACAGGCUCCGGACGUGCAGGCUCAGCGGCCAUGGCUCACGGGCCCAGCCGCUCCGCGGCAUGUGGGAUCUUCCCAGACCGGGGCACGAACCCGCGUCCCCUGCAUCGGCAGGCGGACUCUCAACCACUGCGCCACCAGGGAAGCCCUCAAUUUCUAAUUUUCCCCAGGGACCGAAGAAAACUCAGCAGGUCUGGAAUGCACCUCACUCUGCCCCCGCCCCGGCUGCUCUCGUUCUCUUGAUCAUCAUCCUCUUUUUCUUUUUUUUUUUUUUUUUUUGCCACGCCAUGUGGCAUGCAGGAUCCUAGUUCCCCAACCAGGGAUCGAACCCUUGCCCUUGCCAUGGAAGCACGGAUUCCUAACCACUGGACCACCAGGGAGUUCCCCUCUCUUCUCCUUUUGAUGCCCUUCCUGCCUCCUCCUGCCCAGCAGGCUGAGGCCUGGCAUGUGAGGGUCCCCACAGUCAUUCAUUCCAAACUUUCUUUUUUUAUAUAUAAAUUUAUUUAUUUAAUUUAUUUAUCUUUGGCUGCGUUGGGUCUUCAUUGCUGCACGCGAGCUCUCUCUAGUUGCGGUGAGCGGGGGCUACUCUUCAUUGCGGUGUGCGGGCUUCUCAUUGCGGUGGCUUCUCUUGUUUCAGAGCACGGGCUCUAGGCGCACAGGCUUCAGUAGUUGUGGCACAAGGGCUCAGUAGUUGUGGCUCAUGGGGUCUAGAGCACAGGCUCAGUAGCUGUGGUGCACGGGCUUAAUUGCUUCGCGGCAUGUGGGAUCUUCCUGGACCAGUGCUCGAACCUGUGUCCUCUGCAUUGGCAGGCGGAUUCUUAACCACUGCGCCACCAGGGAAGUCCCCAUUCCAAACUUUCAAGGCCACUUGAGGGAGGAGGGAGGAGAGGGCCUGUGUGUGGGGGUGUUGGGGUGGUGGUGGAGAGGACCUAUUGGGUCUGUUUACUCACUCAGAGUCCGGACUGACCCCAGAGGCACAGCCAGAGGGACAGGGCCCAGCCCCACUCUCACCCCCUCUGGGGGCUACUCCAGGAAACAUGGCCAAGUUUGCCCUGAAUCAGAACCUGCCUGACCUGGGCGGCCCUCGCCUGUGCCCCAGCGUGACUGGGGGAGCUCGCAGCCCGAGUUCGCCCUACUCGGUGGAGACGCCCUAUGGCUUCCACCUGGACCUGGACUUCCUCAAGUACGUGGAGGAGCUGGAGCGCGGCCCCGCCGCCCGCCGCGCCCCGGGCCCCCAGCCCGCGCGCCGCCCCCGCGCGCCACGGGCCGGCCUCGCAGGCGCGCGCAGCCCAGGCGCCUGGACAUCCUGCGAGUCCCUGGCCAGCGACGAUGGCGGAGCACCGGGCGCUCUUUCCCCGGGCGCACCGUCGGGGCUCAUGCUGCUGCCGCUAUCGCCGCGCGCACCCGUGCGCAAUCCGCGCGUCGAGCACACGCUCCUGGAGACCAGCCGGCGGUUGGAGCUAGCGCAGGCGCACGAGUGCGUGCCCAGCCCCGGCCGCACGAUCCCGCGCAGCCCGCGCGGGUCCGGCCACAGCAGUCCCGCCCCCAACCCGGCCCUGGCCUCGCCCGGCCCCGCGCAACUGCAGCUGGUGCGCGAGCAGAUGGCAGCGGCGCUGAGGCGCCUGCGCGAGCUCGAGGAGCAGGCGCGCGCGCUGCCCGAGCUGCAGGAGCAGGUGCGCGCGCUGCGCGCCGAGAAGGCGCGGUUGCUUGCCGGGCGCCGGCAGCCCGAGCCCGACCGGGAGGCCGAGGCGCGCCCGGACAAGCUUGCUCAGCUGCGGCGGCUCACCGAGCGCCUGGCCACCUCUGAGCGCGGCGUUCGCGCCAGGGCCAGCCCCGGGGCUGAUGGCCCCGACGGGUCGGCUUCUAGCCUCAGUGAGGGUGCGCUGCAGGUCCUCGAUGGGGCGCCCCAGACGCGGGAUACAGGCACCCAGACCGUGCCGGAGACUCAAGAGGCGGGAGCCCAGGCGUUGCCGGAGACCCAGGAGGCCGGCGUGGGGGCAGCUCCCGAGACCCUCGAGGCGGAAGUGUGGGUGACGGAGGCUCUGCUGGGGCUGCCCGCGGCCGCCGAGCGCGAGCUGGAGCUGCUUCGCGCCAGCCUGGAGCAUCAGCGCGGGGUGAGCGAGCUCCUGCGGGGUCGCAUGUGCGAGCUGGAGGAGGCCCGCGAGGCUGCCGAGGCCGAGGAGGCACAGGCAGCGGUGGCGGCCCAGCCCCAGCCGUGCGAGGCUGCCACCCAGACCCCGUGGGGUUGUGCCGAGAGGGCCACGCAGACCGAGCCCGCUGUGGAGGCCCCUGCCCCGACGCAGGAGAACCUGCCCGGACCCAUGGAUGGGGACAGGGCAGUGGCACCCGCGGGCACUCUCAAAUCCAUUAUGAAGAGGAGAGACGGUACACCUGGCGCCCAACCCAGCCCCGGACCCAAGAGCCUGCAGUUUGUUGGGGUCCUCAACGGAGAGUACGAGAGCUCAUCCAGCGAGGGCGACAGCGACAGCGAGGACGGCGCUGCCGAGCUCCCGAGGAGCAGUUCGUCGGGCUCAGGAGACGACAGCGGCGGGGGAUCCGACUCCGGGACCCAUGGCCCUCCCAGCGGCGGGGAGGCCCGGGACCCCGAGCCGGAGGCAGAGCCAGAGCCUCAGCCGGCCGCGCAGGGGAGUAGGUGCGAGCUGAGCCCGCGUUUGAGGGAGGCGUGCGCAGCGCUGCAACGGCAGCUGAGCCGGCCCCGCGGAGUCGCCCGCGACAGUGGCGCGGCGCGCCUGGUGGCCCAGGAGUGGUUUCGAGUGUCGAGCCAGCGGCGCUCUCAAGCGGAGCCCGUGGCCGGGGUGCUGGGCGCGGUGGUGCGCCUGGGACGUGAGCUGCUGGAACACGUGGUGAACCUGACGGAUGGCAACGGGAACACAGCCCUGCACUACAGCGUGUCCCAUGGGAACCUGGCCAUCGCGAGCUUGCUGCUGGAUACAGGGGUCUGCAAGAUUGACCACCAGAAUCGAGCUGGCUACUCCGCCCUCAUGCUGGCUGCACUCACCUCUGUGGGGCGAGAGGAGGACAUGGCCGUGGUCCAGAGACUCUUCCGCAUGGGCAGCGUUAAUGCCAAGGCCAGCCAGACGGGACAGACAGCCCUCAUGCUGGCCAUCAGCCACGGCCGCCAGGACACGGUAGCAGCCCUGCUGGCGUGUGGGGCAGAUGUGAACGUGCAGGAUGCAGAUGGGGCCACAGCGCUGAUGUGCGCCAGCGAGUAUGGGCGCCUGGACACUGUCCGGUUGCUCCUGGCCCAGCCAGGCUGUGACCCCGCCCUCCUGGACAACGAGGGCACCAGUGCCCUGGCCAUUGCCCUGGAGGCUGAGCAGGAUGAGGUGGCCGCCCUGCUGCAUGCCCACCUGAGCUCAGGCCAGCCCAGUCCCCCGCUGCCCUCUGACCGCCCCACGGCCAAGCCUAGUGAAGGAGGCUGCAGUGACGGUGGAGAGGACCCCCCACCUCAGUGACUGGCCUGACACACUGGACCUGGAUUGGGGGAGAGCUUUCCCUCGCCCACCUCAACCUCGGGGCACAGCAAGGGUCAGGGUCCACAGGGAGGGGCUCAGCUUGAACUCUGCAGGGUGAGGUGGGACCUGAGGCACUCUGGUCCACUCACUUCUCCAAACUUUUUCCUUAAUAAAACAUUCCUAACUCA